AUGAAGUUCGUGGUUUCCUUUGUAGUACUGGUAUGCACAAUAUCAGUCUGUGCAAAGCAAUGUUGUCCAGACAAUGUACUGAUGAGGCCAGGUGGCUACUGCGGCAACCAACCGAAUCGCGUCAACAUAAAUUGCACCCUAGGACACAUGCUGUUGAAGGAUGUUGUUCUGGACGGAACUAAGGUGUCAACACAGGAUUCCCCUGGAUACAUAUUUGUGGAGAAUCCUGAUCUUUACUGCCUAAGUGAAAUGUACAAGAAUCAAAGUCAACCACAAUUAGGAACCACAAAAGUGGCAGUCGUUUGUUACGAAGAGAUCAAAGCUACCACAAACGAUAUAGAGACUGGUGGAAUAUUGACCCUCGUGUCUGUGGUUUUGCUUCUUGCUACGACAGCUGUCUACAUAUACCUGCCGCAAUUGAGGGAUCUACAAGGGUUGUGUUACAUAUGUAUGUGUAUGAGCAUGGCCUUGGGUUUUCUUUCACUCGGCAUCUUACAGUUAAGCCCCAGUUUCAGUGGUGAUAAAUGCACUGUGGCAGGUUUUCUUAUUUACUUCUGGAUGAUGGCAACAUUCUUCUGGAUGAAUGUAAUAAGCAUUAAUAUGUAUCGGACUGUACAGGACGCCGCUUACUUGAAGAAGACAGAAAGAAAGCAAUGUUUGAUUUAUAACUGCUACGCGUGGGGGGGCACCUUGAUGUUUCUGUUUAUAGCUUUGAUCACCAAUUUUGUGGAGGGAGACCACUACAAGCCCGGAAUAGGUGAUGGCAGCUGCUGGUUCAGUGGCCGAACCGAAACGUGGCUAUACUUCUACGGUCCAAUUGCGGUAUUAGUCGCCGCUAACAUCGUUCUGUUUAUGUUAUCUUCAUACAACUUAUGGAAUUAUAACAAAAAGAAAUAUGAAGUCAACAAGCUUAAUAAUCUUAAACGCAAGUUCCUCACUUCUCUAAAAUUGUUCCUGGUCAUGGGAAUUUCUUGGAUAUUUGAGAUCGCCAGUUUUGCUCAUGGAGAGAAACACAUUCUCUGGAAAAUAAUGGACACGUUCAACUGUCUCCAAGGCGUCGUAAUUUUCAUUAUACUUGUUCUUCUAAGACGUCGUGCUAUGAGGGGUCUAGCUGAAGAAGGAUGCUGUUUAUUCUUCACUCGACCUUUGGCCAACAAGUUGAGUCCAGAUGACGAUGCGGAUGAGGAGCAAAUGCUGGAUGAUACAGUGGAAGUGAGGCUCAAUUAA